AUGACACGCGUAGGCCCUGUGCGCAGCGAGUCCGACUUUCUGUACCGUCGCGCGCAGACGCUCUGUGGCCAAGGGAAUUUUGCUGGCGCGCUGGAGGCGUUUACAGAGACGUUGAGAUGCCCUGGUGUCGAUCACCUCGACGUGCUGGAUAAACGCUCCGCGAUCUAUGCGAAAACGGGCCAGUACAAUCUCGCCGUCAAGGACGCGCAACGGAUGAUUCGGGAUGACCGACAAGAUGAGCGGGGAUAUCUCCGGUGCGCAAAGGCGCUGGUCAUGGAGGGGAAGCCCGAAAAGGCCCUACAACUCUAUACGUACGCGCUCAAAUACUUGCCCGAGGAUCGUCCAGGCCGCCAGCUUGUAGUGCAACUCCGAGGCCGGAUCCAGUCCAAGCUGAAGACGGUUGAGACUUGUUGCGACCCGAUGACCGUGCUGCCACUGGAAAUCAUUUCCAUGAUCCUAGGCCACUUGACCUUUAGGCAGUUGGUGACGCUCCUCCGCGUGUCGAAGAAAUGGAACCAGUUCCUCUCCUCUUUUCGAGAGCUGUGGAGGCGCAUCGACCUCUCCAGCGUUCGAACUCGCGUUCCCCAUACCUCCGUCAGCGCCUACAUCCGCCGGUCGAAUGCUACUCUGACGUAUGCCAUCAUCAAAAACCUCAACAAUCCGUCGCGACACAAAGUCCUCGAGUACCUAAGCCGAUGUCGGCAGUUGGAAUACCUAGAGAUCUGGACGCCAGUCGAGUGCGGUUUGGCGUAUGACCUGUUGAAAUCCGCCCAGUCGCUCCGGACCUUGAUUCUCUCCGCCGAGAUCACCGUGUCACAGGAGUACAUUGCCAAAUUCCUGACCAGCCUCCCACGCCUAGAACGGUUUGAGAUCCACCGGUCCACCGCCUCGCCCGCAUCUAAAGUCCAAUGGCCGCCCCAUUUGCCCAACCUGCGCAGCAUAUCCCUCGCCUCCGAGGACAAUCCGAGCUUCUCCGCCAACGUCCCGGCCCUCUUUAUACCCCAUCGACAACCAGAGUCUGAUGAACCCGAUAGUGAUCCGAGGGGCCCGGCCGACCCCCCGAUUCCCAACCUCGAAGAACUCCGGCUGCACUCCGGACCGCCCGUCGCGGUGCCGUGUCCGAUGACUUUAGAUCCCAUGGACUUUGUUCGAUUACGGAAGUUGGAUCUGGGUGGAAUGUACAUUGGCCGCAGCGUCGGCUUGCCACCGACACUCGAGUCUUUGCGCGUCCGGGGCGGCAAUGCUCGAGGGACCUUCCCCUUCGCCGACAGGGACGACAUGGAUCUCCCCAACCUACGCACGCUCGUGCUGAGCGACGUGGGAUGGGUCACUGUGGAGACCCUUCACGAGUUCAUGGUGCGCCGGCGCGCUCCGGUCAAAAUCCUCCACGUGGACACGUGCGACCAACUGCGCGGGCCGGCGCUGUCGAGUUUCCUCUGCGAGCAUGGCGAGGGGCUGACGGAGCUGAAUGUGUCGCACCUGUUCGGGAUCAACGACGCGGUCAUGGAGCCCAUCGCGGCGCACCUGCGCCAUCUGGAAGUGGUCAACAUGUCGUACACGGACGUGACCGGGAACACGAUCCGACGAUUUGUGCAGGAGUCGAUCGACACGACGCGGCGGUUGAAGCACGUCAAUGUCAAGGGAUGCGAUUCGGCCUCGUGGGACUCGGUUUACUGGGGGCGCGAACAGGGGGUGCAGAUCGUGAAGUGA